UUUGAACUUUUAACAAAGUUUAAAAGUUUUAAUAAUGUUAAACUUUUUUUGCAUUUAUCAUGAUGCAUUUCAAAUUUCAAUAUCAUUACCUAACAUAGUAACAUGUACAUAUUUAUCAAAAUGAAAUAAAGUAAACAUUUUUAUAAGUACCUAGUACCUACCUAUUUGUGUUGCUGUCUUUUAUUUAGCAUAGUAUAUUUGACAAGGAUGUUGCAUGAUUGUAUUAUAUUAGGUACAUAUAAAUUAACAAGUAUUUUACUUUUCAUCUUUUUCUAUUUUAAUAUAAUAAUACAGUAUUCUGUAUCUUUAAAUAAUUAUUAGACUCAGUAUGUGACCAUUAUGAUUGUGACCCUGAAGAUCCAGCGAAUACAGAUAAUACAGCACCAACUUAUCGAUUAGAGCGAAAACAGAGAAUACAUAAAGGGCCAUUCCAGCCAAAAUUAAAAAUGUAUCCCAGGACACAAUUCGGUAAUAGAGCUCGAAGUUUCCAAAGCGCCUGGUAUGAUGAUUUUAGCUGGCUAGAAUAUAGUUUGAAACUUGAUAGAGCAUUUUGUUUUGUGUGCCGAAUGUUUAACACAGCUUCUGGGUUAAAUGUUGGGCAGAUAGAUUUAGCUUUUACAAAAAAAGGUUUUCAAAAUUGGAGUUCUGCUACUACAAAAUUUAAAAAACACCAAAAUUCAAAAACCCAUAAUUUCACCAUGACAGCGUAUCACAAUUUUUUGAGUUCAAAACCAAUUGACGUCACCUUGGAUGAAUCUAGAGAGCUGGCCAUAAGUGAAAGAGAAAAACAGAGGUUAUACAAUCGAAGCAUCCUGCAUAGAUUGAUAGACAUAACAUUGUGUUUAGCUAAAAGUGGCAAACCAUUUCGUGGACACUUUGAAAAUGAUUCCCAUGUGUGUAAAGGUUUAUUUUUAGAUAUUGUGGACAUAUUGAAAAAAUAUGAUUCAACAUUACAAACACAUUUACAAAAAGGGCCACAAAAUGCCAAGUAUAUAAGCAAUCAUAUACAAAAUGAUUUAUUGGCUUCUAUUAAUAAUGUAAUGAAACGUUGUAUUGAAAAAAAAGUAAGUAACCGUCUUGUUACGAUAAUGGCUGAUGAGACUAGCGAUGUGGGACAUCACGAACAGAUGUCUGUGGUUAUACGCUACUUUGAUGACGAAGCAUGUAAACCUGUUGAACAGUUUAUUGGCAUCCAACGUUUGACUGCAGUAGAUGCCAAUACUAUAUUUAAUAGUUUAUCAAACAAAAUUGCUCAGUUUAAUAUUAAUUGGAAAUCAGUCAUAGCUGUAUGUUUUGAUGGAGCCUCAGCUAUGUCUGGAAAAUUUAACAGUGUACAGGCCAAAGUCAAGGAAAUUAAUCCAUGCGCAUUGUAUGUUCACUGUUAUGGCCAUUGCUUAAAUUUAACCUUGGUUGAUAGCUUAGGGAAUAAGAACCGGAUUAUAUUUGAUUUUUUUGGCUGUGUUCAACUUAUAUACAGUUUCAUUGAAGGAAGUCCAACGAGGCACGCUGUUUUUGAAAAAAUUGUUCAAGAAACAAAUUCUAAAUUGAAAACUCUUAAGACGCUUUCAACAACCAGAUGGGCAUGUCGUGCUGAGGCUGUCACAGCUGUUGAAAAUAACUAUUCAUCUGUUAUUCAGUGUCUUCAAGAAAUUGCCAAUAACACUAAAUAUUCAGAGGUAAGAGCAAAAGCUAAUGGUAUUCUUUAUCAAAUGAAGAGUUUCAAUUUUAUUUUUGCACUUUAUAUGUUGAAACCUAUUUUAAUUCAAAUUCAAAUUGUCAGUGCUCAGUUACAAGCUCCCAACUUGGAUUUAUUGGGAGCAGUAUCUAUUGUUAAUGCUUUAAAAAAAUCUUUAGGUGAGUUAAGAAACAACGAUGAUAAAUAUUCUACACUUUAUGAUAAUGUUCUUAAAGUUUGUAGUGAAUUUGAAAUUGAUAUACCAUGUGUCAAAAAUAGAAAGGUUUCUACAAAAAUAGAAAAUAACAAAACACAGCAUACACACAUAGAUAAAAAAAGUGAAAUGAAAUACUGUGUAUUCUUUACUGUGUUAGAUGAUAUGUGCAACGGUCUUGAAAAUCGUUUCAACCAGGAAACUUUAAAUAUUAUUAGUUCAAUAGGCCGCUUAAUACAACUGAAAGCUGAACAGUUUGAUAUUGAUUUGCUAUCUCAAACAUUUUCACUCAAUAAUGAUGAAUUAGAAGGCGAGCAAAGUCUUCUACGUUCCAUGCCAGAUUUUAUACCAGGCACAUCAACUAAAACAAUUUAUCAAUGGUUGGAAAACUUAUCAACAAGUCAAAACUUUUUAAACAUUCAUAAGGCAUUGAAACUUUUUGUAACAAUUCCAGUUACCAGCUGCUCAUGCGAAAGAGCUUUUUCUAAACUCAGUUUGGUAAAAACGAAAUUAAGAAGCCGUAUGAAGCAGGAGAGAUUAGAUGAUAUGAUGAUGAUUUUCAUUGAACAAGAAUUAGCAUCGCAGAUAAAUCCCGAAGAUGUAAUUGACGAGUUUAAGAAUCUGCAUCCUUUUGAGAGAAGAUUAGAACUCUAA